ACGACCUUAUACGUGCUUUGUCAGAAGGUCUAUUAGGUUCUGUAGGACUAGACGUGACAACACCAGAACCAUUAGAUCCUGAUCAUCCUCUGUUGAAAUUUCAAAACGUAAUUGUUCUUCCUCACAUUGGUAGUGCAACGCUGGAAACACGAACAAUGAUGGGAAAUCUUGCUGUUGAAAAUGUUUUGUCUGGUGUUCGAGGACAAACGAUACCUAGUUCUGUAGACUUAUAA